AGUUCCACAUAUUUUCUAAGAUUCCGCAAGCACUGGACAAUGCAGAUGUUAUGAUGAUAAGGCAUAUGACUAAAUUACAAGAAUUCCCAGGAAUUAGUCACAAGUUCACAUGAUUAUAAGAGUAUGAUGCGACCCUGUUUUAGUGGGCUUUGUUUUCUGUCUAGUGGCCAGCUUCGUUGUUAUGCCAUGCUAAACCUCGAGGCAAGAAGAGAAAGAUAAAGGAUAUGAUAUCUAGGACUUGUUUGUCUGAGUUACUAUUAUAUAUAUGUUGGUGUUGUCUUUGGUCGUAGAACUGGAAAAAUGGCUUCUGUUUCGAUUUUGUUAUUCAUGGCAUUAGCUGGUGCUGCAAACUAUGGCAGCAAUGGCGUCUACAUUCAAUACAAUACGACAGCAGGGGCAGUGGAAGGCAAAAUCAAUGUGCAUUUGGUCCCUCAUACUCAUGACGAUCUGGGAUGGCUCAAAACUAUUGAUCAGUACUACACUGGAUCCAAUAACAGCGUUACGAGAGGAUGCGUGAAGAAUGUGUUAGAUAGCCUGGUUUUGGCAUUGCAAGAGGAUCCCAACAGAAAAUUUAUUUAUGUAGAACAGGCAUUUUUUCAGAGAUGGUGGAGGGAGCAAACUGAGGAAAAACAGGCACAAGUGAAGAAGCUACUUGAUGCAGGGCAGCUUGAAUUCAUAAAUGGUGGUUGGUGUAUGCAUGAUGAAGCAACAGUACAUUAUAUUGAUAUGAUUGACCAGACAACCCUUGGACACCGUUUUAUCAAGCAACAAUUUAACAUAACUCCACGAAUUGGAUGGCAGAUUGAUACCUUCGGACAUUCUGCAGUCCAAGCAUAUUUGCUGACUGCAGAGAUCGGGUUCGACUCUGUGUUUUUUGCACGUAUAGAUUAUCAGGACAGAGCAAAGCGAAAAGAACAGAAAUCCUUAGAGGUUGUGUGGAGGGGGUCCAAGACAUUUGGUUCAUCUGCUCAGAUAUUUGCUGGUGUAUUUCCUGUUCACUAUAGUGCUCCACCCGGUUUUCAAUAUGAGCUUAAUGAUGACAGUUUUCCAAUUCAGGAUGAUGUUCUUCUUUCUGAUUACAAUGUUGAUCAACGUGUAAAUGAUUUUGUCAAUGCAGCAAUUGCCCAGGCCAACAUUACUCGUACAAACCACAUUAUGUGGACAAUGGGAGAUGACUUUGAUUACGAAUAUGCAGAUUCUUGGUUCAAGCAAAUGGACAAGUUCAUUCAUUAUGUAAAUAAGGAUGGACGAGUUAAUGCAUUUUAUUCAACUCCAUCAAUUUACACUGAUGCAAAGCAUGCUGCAAAUGAAGCAUGGCCCCUCAAACUUGAUGAUUACUUCCCGUAUGCAGACGCUGAAAAUGCUUAUUGGACAGGAUAUUUCACAAGCAGGCCAGCUCUUAAGGGAUAUGUUCGCUACCUGAGUGGUUAUUAUCUAGCAGCACGACAGCUUGAAUUCCUAAUAGGCAGAAAAAGUGGGAGCCCAAAUACAGACCUUUUAGGUGAUGCUUUGGCAAUUGCACAACACCAUGAUGCUGUUUCUGGCACCGAAAAGCAACACACUGCAAAUGACUACGCUAAACGUCUUGCAAUGGGAGCUUCUCAGGCAGAAGAGGUAGUAGGUUUAGCUCUCUCAUGCUUGUCAAGUUCAGAAAAUUCUGGAUGUUCAAACAUAUCAACAAGGUUUGAACAGUGUGGAAACCUAAAUAUCAGUGUUUGCUCACCAACAGAGGCAAAACUUCCAGUUGGCAAGAUCCUGGUUGUGGUGAUAUACAACCCUCUUGGUUGGAAGCGAGAACAAAUUCUCAAAGUGCCAGUAAACAAUGAAUCACUUACUGUGAAAGAUUCUAACGGCAACACAGUUGAGUCACAGCUUGUACCUCUUGGAUAUUCAACAGUCCAUUUGAGAAGCUUCUAUAAGAAAGAAAAUCUAGGCAUAUCAUCAGAUAAAAGCCCUCUUUUUUCACUUUUUUUUCAAGUGUCUGUGCCACCUCUUGGAUUUAGCACAUAUAUUAUCUCAAAAGAAAAUGGGAGUAGACCUGUCUUGUCUACCAAACAAACUGUACCAGUGAAUGAAAGCAGGACAUAUGAGGCUGGACCGGGUAACUUCACAAUGUCAUUCUCAUCUAUAUCUGGUCAACUGCAACAGAUAUCGAAUUCCAGGACAGGGGUAAAAAUUCCAGUUCAACAGUCUUAUCUUUGGUAUAGUUCUUCUGCUGGUGAUGAUAGUGAUCCCCGGGUUUCUGGAGCUUAUGUCUUUCGUCCAAAUGGUGCACCAUCAACAGCUAUUUCAGGAUCGGUCCCAUUGACUAUCAUGAGUGGACCUUUGGUUCAUGAAGUCCAUCAGCAAUUCAAUUCGUGGAUCUAUCAGGUUACCAGACUUUACAAGGACAAGGAACAUGCCGAAGUGGAAUUCACUAUUGGUCCCAUCCCAGUAGAUGAUGGUGUUGGAAAAGAAGUGAUCACUCGAAUGACAGCAAACAUGGCUACCAACAAAGUUUUCUACACAGACUCUAAUGGAAGAGAUUUUAUAAAGAGGGUGAGGAAUUACAGAACUGAUUGGGAUCUACAACUACACCAACCUGUAGCAGGAAACUAUUAUCCCAUUAAUCUUGGAAUAUAUAUGAUAGAUGACAACAAUGAAUUUUCAAUUUUGGUUGAUCGUGCUGUUGGAGGUUCGAGCAUUCAAGAUGGAGAACUUGAAAUGAUGCUUCACAGGCGAUUGCUCAAAGAUGAUGGUAUUGGUGAAGCUCUGAAUGAAACUAUUUGUGAAGCAAAGUGUGAAGGACUAACGGUAAGAGGUAUUUAUUAUGUUAGCAUCAAUACCAUUGGAAGUGGUGCACAAUGGCGUCGCACUAUUGGACAAGAAAUAUAUUCCCCAUUAUUACUAGCUUUCUCACAAGAGCAAGAGGCCCAAAAUUGGAAUGAUUUUCAUCCUAGUUUUACAACAAUGGAUCUAAAUUACUCGUUACCAAAUAAUGUUGCACUAAUCACCCUUCAGGAACUUGAAGAUGAAAGUGUUCUUCUUCGAUUAGCCCAUUUAUAUGAGGCAGGCGAAGACUCACUAUAUUCACAACUUGCAAAAGUUGAGCUCAAAAAGGUUUUCUCAACCAAAAAGGUAUUGAAAAUAAAGGAGAUGAGUUUGUCAGUUAAUCAAGAGAAGUCAAAAAUGAAGAGAUUAAGUUGGAAAGUAAUGGGUGAUGAUACAACAAAAGCUAGGAGUGUAAGAGGUGGUCCUCUGGAUAUUAAUGACAUGGUUGUAGAGUUGGGUCCGAUGGAAAUACGCACUUUUAUCCUAGAAUUCUAAUAACUAGGUGGUUCACUUAUUGUUAGUUUUGAAGUACAUUUACUUGUAGUCUUUAAUAAAUAAACCAAUUUCUUCCAAUAACUAGGUGGUUCACUUAUUGUUAGUUUUAAAGUACAUUUACUUGUAGUCUUUAAUAUAUAAAUCAAUUUCUUCCAAGAGGACGUAAUUAGAGGUUCUCGAGAAGCUAUUAUACUUUUUUAAUAUUGGCCAAAGAUUGGAAUUAACUUUCUCCAAUUGGAAAGGCUUCAAAUAAAGACUCCAUCUUCAUAUUAAAAGGAAUUUGAAUACAAUAUU